AGGAGGGCAGAGCAGAGAAGGAGCUCAGCCGCCAUUUUUUCCCCCCGAACAGUAUCUAGCAGCAGAAAAACAGCAGUAGCGCCACCUCCGCGGCCGCUGCGGUUGCCUUCUGUCGUACGCGGGUGGAGGGUCGGGUACGGAGGCAAAAAGGGGGGCGAAGGCGGAGAGGAGGAAACGCCGCAGAGACUGUUGCACAUUGUGCCCCACUUUGAAGAAGAGCGGGAGACCCUCCUUUGCAGUAGGAGGAGGAGGAGGAGGAGGCACCGCAACAGCCGCCGCCGCCGCCACUGGGGGGAGAAAGGCAGGAGCACCUUUUCCUUUUUUCUCCCCCCCAUCGCUGCCGCCGCCGCCUCCCUCCUCCUCUGGGGUGCGUGGGGUGGGGGCGGUUGCAAAAGAGAAGGCAACCUUCCCGCCCCCCCCUCCCCGAGUCUCUUCCUUCCCCAGCCCUUUUCCUGCCCGCCCGCCCUCCUUGCCCGCAGAAGAGCAGGGAGCAGGCGGGCAGGGAAAGGGGGAGCCGGGGCUGGAAGGAAGGGGGGAGAAAGGGGAGCGACCGAGAGAGAAGAGCAACGGCGAGAAGACGACGGUGGUGGCGAGAGCGAAGGAAGAAGACUCUGCUUCUCGCGCUCGCCUUGUUUGCAAACUGCGCCCUUUUUUUAUUAUUACUAUUUUUUUUUUUUUGCGUCGGGCCGGAUCCGCCCGGACUCUGCUCUCGGCUCCGUCACGUGGCUGCCCUCUGGCGAGGCAGAAGAACACAGCAGAGCUGGCCUCUGCAACGGGAGAGGCUGGACUUCCCAACUCUCUGUGCUGAAUGGCUACUAUGGCGCCCGCUCUCACUGACGCAGCAACUGAAGCUCACCACAUCCGGUUCAAACUGGCUCCCCCAUCCUCCUCCCUGUCUCCUGGCAGUGCCGAGAAAAACGGCAACGCCAACAACAUCCUUGUGGCCGCUAACGGCACCAAAAGGAAAGCUGAGGAUUCCAGUCUAGAUUUCCGAAAUAAUUCUACAAAAGAAGAGCUGGGAAAGCUGCAGCCCUUGGUAGCAUCUUAUCUCUGUUCAGAUGUAACAUCUGUUCCUCCAAAGGAGUCCUUGAAACUGCAAGGGGUCUUCAACAAGCAGACAGUCCUUAAAUCUCAUUCUCUAUUGACUCAUCCUUUCUUGAAAACUAGUGACCUGUUGGGAAGGCCACCAGUGUUGGAGUUUUCCUUGGAAAACCUAAAAACCAUGAGUGCAAGUAAUCAGACACCUUUGCCACAAACACCUGUCAAUGGCUUGGCUAAAAAAUUAGCUAAGACGAACAGCUCUGACCAUGAAAGCUCUGUUUCACUUAAUGGUGGGAAGAGUGCACCUUCUUCUGCGACCCUCCAGGAUAUUGAUUCAAAUAGACCUGGGGGUUCUGAUUUGGAGGACCUGAAGUCUGGUUUGAGCAAUUGCACUCUACCACAUAAAAGCCCAGAUGCAGAGCAUGCUGCCCCACUUAGCAAUAAUGGCAUGGCAAAUAAACACGACCCCAGUUCCCCAGAGCAGCAGUGUGGACUUGAAGGGGGUGGGGAGAACAGGUUGCGUUUGUUACCUGGAAUGCCUGUUUGUUCCGGGCUUGGAAGCAGUAAGCCAGAGGAACAGAAGAUCUCUCUGCCGAACAGUUCCUUUAGCUCUCUAGAUUCAGAUAUGAGGACAAAGGUGCUAUUGCGGAGGCAGGCAGACAUUGAGAAUCGUGCUCGCAGGCUGCAAAAGCGGCUGCAGGUGGUGCAGGCCAAGCAGGUAGAGCGGCACAUUCAACAACAGCUUGGUGGAUUUUUAGAGAAAACUCUAAGCAAGUUGCCUGCUUUGGACUCUUUGAGACACCGGAGUCAGCUAAUGCUGACCCGCAAGGCAGAAGCAGCUUUGAGAAAAGCUGCAAAUGAGACAAGUACCUCAGAAGGACUGAGCAGCUUCCUAAAAAGCGACUCUAUCUCGGAAGAACUGGAGAGGUUUACUGCCAGUGGGAUGGCUAACCUGCGGUCCUGUGAGCAAGCCUUUGAUUCUGAUGUCACAGACAGCAGCUCCGGAGGAGAGUCUGAUAUUGAAGAAGAGGAACUGACCAAAGUAGACACUGAACAGCAUCAUGUACCCCUGAGGCGACGGUCAGAAUGGCAGUGGGCAGCAGACAGAGCUGCUAUUGUCAGUCGCUGGAACUGGCUUCAAGCUCAUGUCUCAGAUUUAGAAUAUCGAAUCCGGCAGCAAACAGAUAUAUACAAGCAAAUUCGAGCCAACAAGGGACUGGUAUUGCUUGGUGAGAUGCCUCCUUCUGACCCUGUAUUAGGUGAUUCAACCCAUAGUCUUAGUGUCGACCUCAAGCUGGAGCCUGGGAUUGACAGACUGGGCACCUGCAUCUCUCAGCCAUCAGAGAACCUUUGUAUAUCCAUUAGUAAUACCCAAGAGUCUCUAUCUGCCAAAACCUGUGGAGUGCCGAGACCGGUCAACGGAGUUAUUAACACUCUACAGCCAGGCUUGACAGAGCAUGCUCAGGGAGAUGGCUCAGAUGCUGAGGAGCUGUUGCGGAAAAAGCAGAGAUUAAAUGUGGUGUCUUCAGCUCCUGAUGGAACCUGUGUGGCAGCCCGCACACGCCCUGUCCUCAGCUGCAAGAAACGGCGGCUUGUUCGACCCAGCUGUCUGGUUCCACUAUCCAAAAAGGUUCAUCGUAACAACAUGGGUCGGUGUGGCUGUGACGUGAACCCCUUGUGUGCUCUCUGUGGCACUCGAAGCUCAAUGCCUCCAGAAAUCCAGUAUGAAGCCCCUUUGAUGGAGCGUCUCUCACAGUUGGAUUCCUGCAUCCACCCUGUACUUUCAUUCCCAGAUGAUGUGCCAGUGAGCUUGCACCUUCAGAGUAUGUUGAAAUCCCAAUUGCAGAACAAGCCCUGUGAGAAAAUCAAACCUCCCAAAAAGCUCACAUUGAAGCACCGACCCACCGUGCCUCCCAGCAGUCUGCCUGACUCAGCACGCAAAGACCGUCACAAGCUGGUUAAUACCUUUUUAGCUGCAGCCACUUGCUCACAUCACAGAAUCGAGCCAGACAAGGCACACAGGCAGCCCUUAAACGAUGUGAGGGCUGCCCCCAAGGCCGAGAGAGCGCCAGAGCGCUCACUUAUCCUGACGGCAGUUCAUGAGAGAAAGCGAUUGCGGGACAGCUCCUCCGAGAGAAGCGAAGUGUUGAAGCAUCAUGCAGAGAUUGGAGGCCCAAGUUAUUUGUCAAGCACUAUGGCCUCCACGGCCCACAGUCCCCUCAUGCGACAACUCUCCACCUCCUCUGAAAAUUCCAUCCCUCCUGUCACCACAAGCUCCCUGGGCAGCUCCAGUGCAGCUCAGCAGCCAAGGAGGAGGAGAGGGGAAAGCUCUUUUGACAUUAACAACAUUGUCAUACCAAUGUCUGUUGCUGCAACGACCAGGGUAGAAAAACUUCAAUACAAAGAAAUUCUUACACCAAGCUGGCGUGUUGUGGAUGCUGAUUCUCUGAAGGUGAAUCCAGAUGAAGACAGCGAAGAGAUAGAGGAUAUGUCCGAUGCAGCCUUUGCCACUCUCCAUGCUAAGUGUGAGGAAAUGGAGCGAGCCAGGUGGCUGUGGAGCACAAGUAUGCCACCACAGCGGCGAGGUAGCAGGUCUUACAGGUCUGCAGAUGGACGGACAACCCCACAGUUGGGGAACCCAUCUACCCCACAGCCAGCCUCACCUGAUGUUGGAAACUGCUAUCUGCAUUCUGAUUUCUCCCAUACACACUCUCCACGCAGCCCCAUCAGUCCUGACCUGUUCUCUGGCCCUCAUACCCCUUUGUCCCGAGACUCCAUGCGGCAUCUGUCCACGGAGGACACACGCUGUUCCACGCCAGAUUCUGGCCUUGAUGAGCAGACUGUGCAGCCCUGGGAACGGCGCAGUUUCCCGCUGUCCUACAAUCCGAAGACAGAGUGUGAGGACCAGUCAGAACCGCAGGACCGGUCGUCACGUUGCACGCGGCGCACAUCUGGCAGCAAGCCCUCCCGAGAAGCAGAUGCUGCCCCCACCUCGCCUUCCCUCGCUUGCCUCAAGAGCCGGAAUUCGGGGGCCACGGCCACAGUUCAGCGGCCGGCCCACAGAUAAGAGACGGACAGGAAAACGGAGCAAAAAGAAAAAAACAAUCCACCAAAUUAACUCUUGGCAUUAAAGUUUCUGAAAUCUGUGUUUGAUAUUCAAACAUCCUGCCGGGAAUUUUCACAGUUUUUAGUGAAUUUAAGGAGUUUAGAAACUGUUUUCUUUCUCCCCCCCCACCCCCCUUUUCUUUCCAUGUUUCUUCGUCUCACACACACCUUAUCCAGUGCUGUGUGGUCUGAUGAGGAGAGCAAACCUGCCUCUCCCUCCCCGCUCAUAGGUGUACACUCCUCAGACAGGAGAGUGAAGCUGGCUGGUUGACCCUGGAAUUAGUUCUCUGGUGAAAGGGUACUUCUCAUUUGUUUUGGAUUUUUCCCCCCCUUUUCUUUUGCUGUUUAGUGUCUGUUCCCCUCACCUGCCACCAUCACAGUGCCCUCCCCCACCCCUAAGAUUUUAGUGAAGUGAAAUUAGUGGUGAAAAGUGAUGUUUCCUGAAUGAGACCUUUCCUUCCCCCCUCCCCCUAUGGUCCCCACUGGCACCAGAAAGCACUUGCAAUGCAAACUCUCAAGAUCACUUGGUUCCUUAAGGGAUGGCUUCCCAUUGCGAGCAACAAGAAGCUCUUCUCCAAUGACCUUGAUCUCUUCUGGGGUUCUCUGCUGCUUCCGAGACCAUUUCUCCAUGCUAAACAGGAAGUUCAGUUUGCAAGAAAAAGCCAUUUUUCAUGAUCAGCCUGGAUAUGUUUUGGAUAAGUUUUACCCGUAUUGUAUUGUGUUUUGUUUUUUAAUGGCAGAUUAGUAAUGGGCUGACAACCAUUCAUUUCAAGAGGAACCUUUUUUUUUUUCAUUGCAUUUUCUUUGCUGGAUGUGAUCUAGGGUUACUCUCUUCUCUUUCCCUGUUAAUUACUAACACUUCUGUGUUUCUUUUUAAUUUUGCAUUCUGUCCAUUAGUUUGAAAGCUGUAGAUAUGUAUCUGCAGCUAAUAGAUUGCAAUACAGUAGUGUUGAGCCUUAAGUACUGGGAGCGAUGUCACAGGAUUCAACAAUUUGCCACCCCAGAUCCACAAGCCAUAUUGUGAGUGUGGUAUAAUCUCAUUGUUCCUUUUCUUCCACCCUCUAUUAAAAAAAAAAGUAGUCUAUGCAUUGCUUGAGAUUGCAUCUUAAAUUUUAACGUAUGUCUGAGUACCAAAAUACUUGUUUUUUCCAGAGGAACAUUGGAUGUUGUUUUUCACCACUACCUCUUACUUAACUCCACUUCAGCUUACAAGUUAUUGGAAAUAAAUCUUCUCAGUCAUGUUUUCUUUCUGAAAUAGCUUGGGCUGGCUCUUGCCAAGCUGAACAGAUCUGAAUUUAUUUUAACUUAAAGAGGCCACUGCCCUCACUUCCCAUUCCUGGUAACUCCCAGAUUCUGCACACCGGUCCAUUGUAACGUUUUCCUGACCUUAGCGGUGUGGCUGUUGGUCCCUGUCCUGUUGUUAAGCAUUGCGCCUGUCUUCUGUAUUAAUCACAUCACCAAAAAAAAAAAGAAAAAAAACUUUUUUUCUCAUUUUGUAAUCGUAACAAAAUAGUAGCUAAACUGCUUAAUGGUUGGGGUUUUUUCACAAUUUUCAACAUUACCUAAAGUUUUUGGUUCUGUUCUAGUUUUUUUUGUUUU